AAAGUGCAGUGGCCAACUCUGAGUAAACACAAAUCAACAAAAUCAAAAAUACAAGAUUAGAGAAAACGGAAUUUUGAUUCACUUUUCAAAGCUAAGUCAGCGUCGUUUAAUUGGAAAAGCUUAAGAAAGGCGACGGUUCUUAAUUAAACAGUUCACCAGUAGUCGGAUGAAAUUUUAAUUAAGUUUGUUUCGUUCUGUGUAAUAAUAACGAUGUGUUACGAUAUAAAUGAGAACGUAACAGACACAAACAAUACGAUAUUUGAUUGGAACGAAUUGAUACCGACAGUUCUUGUUUAUAGUGUGACAUUUGUAAUAGGGCUAGUGGGAAAUUGCUUAAUUAUUUUCACCACUUUUCAAUACCGUGGAAUGCAAAGUGUGACGAACGUUUUCUUGUCCAGUUUGGCUUCAGCCGAUUUGCUUCUCAUAGUCAUCUGUAUACCUGUCAAGCUAGCAAAAUUGUUCUCCUAUACUUGGGUAAUGGGAUUUGUGGUAUGCAAAGUCAUACAUUAUAUGCAAAAUGUGUCAGCAAUUUGCUCUGUGAUGACCCUAACAGCGAUUAGUAUUGAACGUUACUAUGCCAUCGUGCACCCAAUGAAAGCCAAAUACAUUUGUACCAUCAACCAAGCCAAAAAAAUAAUCGCAGUAAUAUGGAUAAAGUCCCUCAUUUUAGCAGUCCCGACGUGGAUUGCUCAGGCUCACAUGCGAGUUAGAAAUAACGAUCCAACCGAUUCCACAGAAUAUUUCUACUGUGUUCGCGACUGGGAUGCUACAACCAUUUGGCGUUCACACGAAAUUUACUUAUUCGUUAUUAUACUAAUAAUUCCCUUCAUUAUUAUGACAUUCUCCUAUACUACUAUAUGUUGGGAGGUAUGGAAAGUGAUGGAAAGACGAUCCGUUAUGACCAGCAAACACGUGAGUAAGGUUGCGCUUCUGAGCCUUAGAUAUGGACAUCCUUUUUUAAGACACUUAUCAAGAAAUCGUAGCAAUAACCACGACGACCGAUGCCUGGAAAGCUUCAUGUUGACAGACGAUAAAAGACCCCCGCCGACUCACGACGACAGCCACAUGGUCAAACAAGUUGUGUCAAUGCUGGUGGCAGUUGUUGUACUGUUCGCAAUAUGCUGGGCACCGCUUUUGACGGACAACAUCUUAACGGCGUACGAAAUCCUCCCCAGUAUUCGCUGCGGCUUCUUAAAGUAUAUGUCCACGACGUUUCAUUUAUUGGCGUAUUUCAAUAGCUGCAUCAAUCCAGUUAUAUACGGUUUUAUGUCCAAAAGUUUUCGGGAGAGUUUCAAACUGGUGUUAUUUUCAUGCUGCUCGUCUGAGCUGCGCGCGCAUAGAGGGAGCAACUACAGCCUCAGGUACGUGUCAAGAACGGGAUCCCAAACUCGAACUACGUCGUAUAAAUAAACAUAACAAGUCGUAUCUUUUGAAACAGUAUUUACUUGUAUUAUUCAAACAUUUAUUUUGUGUAUGUAUCCAGAAACACAAUACUUUUUGUUAUUUGUAAAAAAGGAACAAAAAUAAACUUUCUAACGACAAA